UCUGAGGGCCGCGCAUGCGCAGUACUGCAGGGCAGGGCAGGGCAGGAAGCGGCUCCUUAUGCCGGGUGUGUGGAGAACCGACUGCUGGAGCAUCGGCGGCGCCGUCCUCGUCCUCCUAGCCGCCAUCUCACUGCACGAGGAGCCGGAGGAGCCGCCCAGGAUGGCUAAAGAUCUCAAGACGCUGCAAGAAGCCUACCGGCAGCUGAACAAGUCCUGCUUCAUCCUCGGGGCGUCCGGAGAGACGGGCAAAGAGCUCCUCAAGCAGAUAGUCCACAGUCGGCUGUACGGCAAAGUCACGGUCAUCGGGCGCCGGAAGCUAAACUAUGAAGACGAGGCUUAUAAAGAUGUGAACCAGGAGGUGGUUGAUUUUGAGAAGUUAGAUGAGCAUUCGGCUGCCUUUCAAGGACACGAUGUUGGGUUCUGCUGUCUUGGAACCACAAAAGCAAAAUCUGGGGAGGCUGGAUUUAUCCGAGUCGACCACGACUAUGUUCUGAAGUCGGCGCAGCUGGCAAAAGCUGGUGGCUGCCAACACUUUAAUCUGGAGUCUUCUCAAGGCGCUAACAAGGGGAGCAGCUUCCUCUACCUCAGGGUUAAGGGUGAAGUGGAAGCGGAGGUAGAAGAGAUCGGAUUUGACCGUUAUACCAUCUUCAGACCUGCGGUGCUGAUGGUUGACCGGGAAGAGUCGCGCCCGGCAGAAUGGCUAACCAGGAAGCUGAUGGUUCCGAUCGCUCACUUCUUCCCCACCGCCUACACCGUGCCCAUCACGACGCUGGUGAAGGGCAUGCUGAACAACGCAGUGCUGCCAAGUGACAAGAAGGUGGAGCUGCUGGAAAACAAAGCCAUACACGCCCUGGGGAAGAUGGAGGAGGAGAAGAAGAAGUAGUGGGAUCGAGCUGCGGAGAGACACGGGGGAGGGGCGGUGCCGCUGGAUGGAAAACAUCAGAUUUUAUAACACAUAAAAGGGAGGCUCCGGGUCACAUAUGAAGGGGCUGUCCGGGAUUAGAGAAGGAAACAGCGCCACAUCUGUCCAAGGCGGGGUCUGGUAUUGCAGCUCAGCGCCAUUAAAGUGACUGUGGCUGUGCUGCGAUACCACACACCACCUGAGGACAGGUGUGGUGCUGUUUUAGGAAGAGAGCAGCCACGUUUUUCUAAUUCUGGACAACCCCUUUAAGGCCAGGGCUCUGGUGGUUUUGCAAUCUCAAUGGUGGAGGGGUAGGCUACUGCACUAUAUGCUCAGGUAAUGGAUGCAGGUGUGCAUGGCGGGGGAGGGGUCACACACUGGGCGCUUGUACACAGGUACCCACUGAUUACAAUAGGCACCAUGUAUCGGAUCCCAGGGGACCCUCCACAAUCAGCAGCCAUAGCUGGUGCUAUACAUGGCGCCCCCAAUAAAAUCAGCAGGGGACAUCGGUUUUGACAUAUGGAUGCCCUCUACUACCUCUAGAGCAGGGGUCAGCAAACUCUGGCACUCCAGCUGUUGCAAGACUAAAACUCCCAGUGAGCAUGCUGGGAGUUGUAGUCUCCCCACAGCUGGGGUGCUGGAGGUUGCUGACCCCUGCUAUGCAGUAUAUGGGUGGUCCAAGGAGGUCUCGGUCAUAGGUCCUACUCGUGUUGGCGUCUGCUAGGAUCUCGUGCAUGGGCCGUGUCUGUACUGCAGGUGAGUGAGGCCGAGGUGCAGUACCAGACACCACCUAUGGCCAGGAGAGGCGCUGUUUCUGAAAGCCCAUGCUAUACCGUAUGUGUACAUGUGGUGACACCUAUAUUGUACAUAUGUUAUACAUGCCUUCUAAGGGACUGUACCUGAUGAGCUUGACCAAAAAUUUUAAUAAAAAUAUUAAAUUCUUA